AACACCAGGAGUUAUAUUGAUCACUGAUUCAGAUGACGACCUUCCAUCAGAAGAUGAAAUUUUAUUCAAAAAUUUAAACCAAGACAAUCACUACAUAAGGACACCAGAAGUUAUAUUGAUCACUGAUUCAGAUAACGACGAACUGUCUACCAUGGCUGUAAAUAAUAAUAAUAAUGAUUUCACAUAUAUCAUCAACAAAGAUCGUUCUCUCAGAAUUAUUCCUGGAUAUUAUGGAAUGAAAGGGUACACAAUAAUGUUGGAACAUUUGAUGAAAAAAACCACUGAGUGGAAACCAAAGGUAGGGCAAAAAUUCAUGGAAGAGGUUAUCAUUCCCGAAUUAGGUGUUAGGUUCAUAAUAGAAGAUCUUGGGGUUAGUGAUUACGACACCUCUGUAAAAAUCACGCGUGAGAGCGUUGAAUAUG